GCUUGAAAGCCAAGGAUGUUAUGAUAAAUUCUGACCUAGAGAGGGAGUAAGAAUAUCCGAGAUCAAAGGUACUUCAUUCCGAGAGAAACAACUCUGGGCAAUACUACAGUCUUCUACUCACUCAGAUCCCGCAGAGAAAUAUUGAAGCAACAUCAGAUCAUGCAACUCCCAAAAGUUCCACAUGGGUCCCUCGAAAGGAAAGAGAAUAUGGCAGCUUGGUCCCUUCCUCGGCCGGGGAGAGUCUCUGAUCCGACUCUGUUUCAAAUGACUUUGGUUGCUACUCUCUUGGCUACUGUUCUUGGUGAUUGUGGUCCUCCACCUGAUUUACUGUUUGCCUCUCCAAUAAACAAGUUGCAUAAGAUGGACUUCAAAACUGGAACUGUUCUGAAAUACACUUGCCAUCCCGGCUAUAGUAGAAUUGGUUCAAGUCGUGUUACUUGUAAUGCUAAAGGUUUAUGGGACUAUAGUGUCUUUUGUAUCAAGAAACGAUGCAGAAAUCCAGGAGACUUACCCAAUGGGAAAGUGGAAGUUAAGACAGAUUUUCUCUUUGGUUCAGUUAUAGAAUUCAGCUGCUCAGAGGGAUACAUCUUAAUUGGCCCAACCACCAGCCACUGUGAGAUCCAAGAUAAGGGAGUUGACUGGAGUGAUGAUUUCCCGCAAUGUGUGAUUGCCAAGUGCGAGCCUCCUCCAGCCAUCCGCAACGGGAGGCACAGUGGUGGAGAUGAAGACUUCUAUCCAUAUGGCUCUUCUGUAACCUACAGCUGUGACCCCGACUUCUCGCUGUUAGGCCAAGCCUCCAUUUCUUGCACAGUGGAGAAUAAGACCCUAGGGGUGUGGAGCCCAAGCCCUCCUACCUGUGAAAACAUUGUCUGUCAUCAGCCACUGGUUCCAAAUGGAAUCUUCGUCUCUGGAUUUGGACCUCUCUAUUCUUACAGAGACUCUAUCGUGUUUAACUGCAAGAAAGGUUAUCUCAUGAAUGGCAGCAGUUUGAUCCGUUGUGAAGCUGAUAACAAGUGGCAUCCUUCUCCCCCCAUCUGUGAACUCAAUAGUUGUAUAGACUUACCCAAAAUUCCGUAUGCUUCCUGGGAGAGAAGGGCCUGCAACCUAAGAAAUCAGGAAGUAUUUGAAAUUGGAACUGUGUUGAAAUAUCAGUGCAAGCUUGGCUAUAGACCUACUGUGGAUGAGCCUCUGACUGUGACUUGUCAGAAAAAUUUGACAUGGACAACUUCCAAAGGAUGUGAGAGGGUAUGCUGCCCAACACCAAAGCUGGAGAAUAUCAGAAUCACACGUGGAAGAAGACAUUUCUCUGAUAGGUGUGUCUAUGCCUAUGAAGACCACGUUUCAUAUGUUUGCGAUGAUGGCUAUUACCCUGUUUCUCCUGAUGGAAAGAGUUCAUGCCGAGCAGAUGGCAAGUGGAGGCCUGAAAUGCCAGCAUGUGAGCCGGCCAUGUGUUUGAAACCAGAGAUAAAGAAUGGAAAGCUGUCUGUGGAUAAGGAUCAGUAUGUCACACCUGAAAAUGUCAUCAUCCACUGUGACUCUGGCUAUGAUUUGGUCGGUUCCCAAAAUAUUACUUGCUCAAAGAACAGAACCUGGUACCCAGAGGUGCCCAAGUGUGAGUGGGUGUACCCCGAAGGCUGUGAGCAGGUGCUUGUCGGCAGAGCACUCAUGCAGUGUCUCCCAAACCCUAAGGAUGUGAAAUUGGCCCUGGAGGUGUAUAAACUGUCUUUGGAGGUUGAACUCCUGGAACGGCAGAGAGACAAGGCCAAGAGAUCCACUCCUUAGGCUCCACUCGGAAGAUUUUCCCCAGAGAGGAGGCAGAAGGUGCCCUCCUGCCUUCCAUGCACUAUGCGUCACAUCAGUUUUGCAACUUUACCAUCCCUUUUGCAC